CUGCGGCUGCCAUGGCCGCGGCUGCGCCUUCUGGGCUGCCCGUGCUACCGCCUGCGGGACGGGGAGGGGCCCGGCCGGUCGCUACCGCUGCGGACCCCGGAGCGGGUGGGGACAGCGGCGGGACCGAAGCGCCGGGGCAUCGCUUAGCGGCGAGCCCCGCUGUCGCCGCGUAACGAGGGGUAGACGUGUCCCCGGGAAUCAGGCGGGCGCCGCGGGCGCCCGGAACGGGAGGCAGCCCGUGCGGAGCGGGCCCGGCAUGGCGGGCGGCCCGCGGUGGCGGUGCGGAGCGGCGCUGCUCCGCGCCGGGCUGUCCGCGCUCCUCUGCGCCCUCCAUGCGCAAGCUGUUUGUCAGGGUGCCACUGUCACACAGGAGCUUCUGAAAGAGGGGUUUCACAGGGACCUGCUUUUGCAGGUAGAGCUUGGUGUAGUGGGGGAGCAUGCAGGAGGAUGCACAGUGGCAGCUAGAACUCAUCUUCCACCAGGAAUCUAUGUGGAUCCCUACGAGCUGGCAUCGCUGCAGCAGCACAAUUUAACAAAGGCGGUGUUAAUUCCUGAUGUCGUUGAUGUGGAGGCUCCCGAGUACUUAGCCACAGAUCUUCUAGUUCUGCUGUACCUGGAACCCGACCCUCGGUGUUCUCACUGCUUUAGAGCUGCCUUGCCUGUGCACGGGCGGUAUCACCGGCCCGCAGAAGACAGUGAGGAAGCGGUGGUGGUUCUGAAGAGCCCAGAAGUACUGGUCUGCUGCUGUGACAAUCGCCUGCCAGCAGAGUGUUGGAAGCCUGCUGAAGUGGAAGCUCCCUGCUCAGGCGAAAACGUCAGCCCCUGUCAGUGGUACAGCGUAACACAUGAGUCUGCACAUGAGGAAUCCAUUCUGCAGGUUCCAGUGGGGCUCAGGCAACAUAGUUCCAUGGUGUGUGCUGUGACUCUUCUUGCCACGGUGCUCUGUUCCAGCCUGAUUCUCGCAGCUGUGUGCAAAUACGGACACUUCUCCGAGGUGACCUGCUCAGAAUAAAGAAAUAUGGAAUGACUGACCUCCAUCCAGCAAAACUUAGAAUAUUACAUCAGCUUUCUAAAUGAAUCCUAUUCUAUUGUUAUUUCUUAGUAAUGUGUGAGGGUCCCAUAAUGGGUUAUAGUUCUCUUGCCCCAAUUCUUACCUUUCACACACCAGAACCUGUGGUGUGUUCAUACCCACAGCCUGUGGGUAAUGAGAAACAUCAACUAGUCAUUAAAUAUCUGAAUUUUAA